CCGCCGCCCCCGCAGCCCCCGGGUGAGCUGUCCACUUCAGCACCACGAGCCGAGCGCAGGCAGCGGGGGACUCGCUAAUGCUGCGAAGGAGGAACCGAGAGGACCGACGAGACCCGUAGCGGCUGCGGGAAAAGAUCAUUCUGAUGCGCUGCUCGGUUCAGACAGAAAUCCCGCAGCCUGUCGUGAGAUAUUCACAUCAAAUCACAAGAGGAUCCGCUUCUGGUGUGUCGUGUGACCACAGUCAUCAUGUACGAUGCAGCAAGGGUGCCUUCUCCCAAGGAUGCUGCAAACGGGCUGACCAAGCCACUCGUCCCCAGGGCGGGAACAGAGAUGGGGGCAACAACGGGAGGAGGGGGCCUGACACCGACGACGGCCCUACAAGCCAAAACUGAGGAAGGACAACCAGGUGGAGACGAGGGAGCGUCGAAAUCAGAGCCGGUCUUAGUGAAAAAGCCGCAAAGAGAGAUAUUGGACCACGACAGGAAGAGGAGGGUAGAACUGAAAUGUAUGGAGCUCCAAGAGAUGAUGGAAGAGCAAGGGUACACAGAGGAGGAGAUUCGACAGAAAGUGAGCACGUUCAGACAAAUGCUGAUGGACAAAGAGGGGGUCAUCACCAGAGAUGGCUCACAACCAGUGGUCAACCACAUGCACUACUACCCAGAAGAUGAUGCUGAAUUGGUUGGCGAUGAAGAUGGCGACGACGCCGAUGAUUAUCACAGUGAUAACAGAGGAAAGAGGAAAUCAAGCAGCUCUCCAUCCCCUCGUCCAAAGAAAAGAAAGAAGAAGAAAUCUAGCCGCCGAAAAAGUCGGUUUGGCAGCUCAUCACCCGCUCGCAGAGAGAAGAAGAAAAAGAGUAGCAAGAAACACAAACGUGACAGGUCGGCAUCAGGCUCCAGCAAAAAGAGGAGGUACAGGUCGGGCAGCCCAAAGGACAAACACAAAAACAAGAACAAACAGAAAAAGAGAUCCCCCGCCGAGACCCCCAGAAGGAGCGCACAGCGUCAAGGCAGCUGUUGCAGCAGCCGCAGCGCCUCGCUGUCAUCCACUGGGAGCACCUCCAAGUCUCCCGGCAGACUGAACUCCAAGCACAAGAAGGAUGGAAAGAAGGCUCGCUGCGCUUCACUAUCCCCGGGCCAGAACAGUCCCACUGCUUGGCACAAUGGCGACCACACCCAGCGCAGUCACAAUUGCCACAAAGCCGGCAGCAGACUCAACCACACCGACGGCAAUAAGGCGCAAGAUAAGCUGCGCCUACUGGCCACUGGCUCUGCCAGCAGCAUCCAGUCUGCUCUGCUGAAAGAGCAGAAGCACCAUAGCGCCCCCAGCAGGAGUCAGGCGGCGCACAUGUGCACCACAAGUGAAGCUGGAAGUGUGGACAGCGUGAACGCGGCAGGGAGGAGAGCGAGCCACCGAGGACGGAAUAAGAGCUCCCAUUCUCCCGCUCGCAGCAGCGACUCGGCACGUUCCCGCCGCGACCGCGCUCGCAGAGGGAGGAGCAGCCGUCAUCAGAGAAAGACAAAAAGCAGCCAUUCCUCCAAGCGUCACCACCGCUCCAGUCGAGGCCAGGCACACAAUCGCAGCCCAUCAGCCUCGCCGGGGCGACACUCGCACACGUCGAGCAGAAAGAAAGAGGUGUCGCGAAGCAAGCAGAACCUGAGGCGUCGCGGCAGCUCGUGGAGCAGCGAACAGUCCUCGUGUGCCCACAGGGACCGAGGCCUCAGCAAGGCCAAGUCUCCUCACAACAGGCAGAACACAUCCAGAGAGAGGGACAGCCCCAGCCGCUGCGAUAGCGAUGCCGACAGCCGGGCCCGUCGCCGCUCCCGCAGUUACUCGCCCAUUCGCAAGCGGAGAAGAGAUUCACCCAGUUUCAUGGAGGCUCGCAGGAUUACCAGCGCUCGGAAACGUCCGAUCCCGUACUACCGCCCGAGCCCGUCGUCGUCGAGCUACGACAGCAGCCCCUCGCGCUCCAGUCGCAGCUACAGCAGCUACAGUCGCAGUCGCAGCAGGAGCCGCGGCAGGAGCCGGAGCGGGAGUCGAAGUCGCAGUCGCAGUCGCAGCUGGAGCCGCAGUCAGAGCUGGAGUCGAAGCAGGAGUCGCUCUCACAGUCGCCGCGGUUACUCCAGCCACAGCAGCUACGACAGCCCCGGCUUCUGAGAGCAACCCAGAACGCGAGGGAGGGAACUGCAAUUGAGGUACCGAUAGAUUCCGGUCCAGGGACCAAAUCCCUUUUACCCCCUAGACUAUUACCUCACUACUACAGAGUCAUUUGUUUAAAACAGCGCUCUGCAAUUGGUAUUUGGCCAGUGACGGUCAUUCGGAUUUGCCUUUACACAGCACCACAAUGGAUUUGAAAGAAACCAAAUGGCAUGUCGGUAAUGGAAGGGCAGCGUUAAGUUUGCGUUUUUGCUAUUUCAGAAUUACCAGCUGACUUGUAAAUGUUUGCAACUGCACUCGUGAUCAUGAAAAUCUGCCAUGAAGAGACCAUGAUAGGUUUACUUCUCUCACACAUUUUAAACUCAUACAAACAAACCUAAACCCCUUAUAAAGUAUUCCUCAGCACCUGUUCUCAUUCUUGCUGUCAAGAAAUGAGUAUUAAUAUUAAUACUCAUUAGAAAUGAGUAUUAAUAGUAUUAAUCAUAUUAAUAUAUAUGUGUUUGUGUAUAUACUGUAUCGUCACUUUGAGGAAAUAGUAUGAUUUUGUUUCAAUUUAAGAUGAAAGUCUACACGAAGGUUAUUCCCAUUUCAAAUCCAUUGUUGUGGUGUUUAAAGGCAAAUUCAUAAAAAGACAUUCCCAAAGAAACACGUUAAACAUUGAUUUGGUCGAGCCCUUGGAACAAGUCUUGCCCUUUGUUGUCAUAUUCUUUUACUUCUUCCACGAAGUCGGAUGUAAACAUGAAAAAUGGAUGCAGAGUAAAUGACACAUCAUAGGGAAAAGUCCGAAUUUCUUUUCCUCGCCGCCCCAAAGAUGUUCACUCCCCGAGAGCAGCAAGAUCAAUGGAAGUAAGAACAAAAGAGGAGAAAAUCAUUUUUCUAUUCCUAAAAUUGUAUAGGUUCGUCUGUAUAGCUCUCUAAUCUUCUGGCUUUGUAAACUAUGCACUGUAUAUUCCAUUAUAGCAUGGCGAAUUGGAAAGAAAGUGUCCCUUUUGUGGGGGGAUACGUGGCCCGAAAUAAGCUUCGGGGACGCUCCUCUCAUGGUAUGCCAGACAGUCACAAGCAAAUUUCUAUUCAUCUGUAUUAUUUAUGACUUUUAGUCUGCCCUAGCUCACUGACUCUGAUGCGUAUACUGAUUCUGCUUAUCCUUAAUGUAUUUAUGGGUGCGUGUGUAAAGCGAGGUACACACAUACGGAUUUUUCACAUUUGAAUGAGAUUUUUUAAGUGAGAAAUGAGAGAGAGUGUGCCGUGGGGAAAGGUUGUCCUCUUUAUCCUCUUUUCUCCGCUAUUUUGGUGCAGCAACAGCGCACGCAAAUUCCAUACGACAGUCACGGAGUCCGUGGCUCGGCCGCGCUAUCUGUAAGGGUGAGGUUUAACGUUUCCGACCGUCGAGUGAACAAUCACGCCGAAGACACCCCACACCACAGGAUAAUCACAAUCUGACUUACUAUCAGUAUGCGUGUGCCCCGCUUUCCGUGUCAUUAUGACUGAGGCUGCCCUCGCACUAUACAGGAAAACGUGCUGCAAAACUUUCCAUGCACAUUGUUUUUGUGAAUCUACUAUUGAUUGUAUUUAUUUAUUUAUUUAUUUAUGUAUGUAUUUACAUAUGGAUUUAUUUAUUGAACUAUUUAUGAUUUGAAGUUAUUCAACCUGUUUUUAGCACGAGGCCAUGGUCUUCAGAGCAGGUCAAAUCGUGUUGGGAAGAGAACAUUGCAACAGAUGUAUUCCCAUGUGACCAUCGCAUGUUGAUUGGUCGAACGCCUUGCCGAUAAGCCCUCUGGCUGGAGAUGCAUUAUGUUGCAGAUUAGCUCAUAACCAAUGCAACGGAUCCCCACGACUUUCAUUAUUUCAUGGGGUCUUAGUGGUUCAAUACAAGAGUAACAAGGUGUCAUUCAACUGCACCCUGUAUGCAAAAAAAAAAAAAAAAGAAAAACAUUGAGACAGACCUCUUAAUGAAAGAAGGAAUUAAUCAAAUGGGACUUUGACAAAGUUCCUGAAUCUCAAUGCCUCAUUUUACCAAGAAAUUUUGGACAAUUCUAUGCUUCCAACGGCAGGGGCGAACUUUGAGGAAGGUAGUUUUUGUGCCCCACUGUGCAAGGCAAGGUCCAAAAUCCCCUGACGUCUACCCUAUCAAACACAUUGGAAAUUUUUUUUUUCUCUCUAUCAAGAGUGGAAGCAGCUAUAUAUAUAUAUAUAUAUAUAUAUAUAUAUAUAUAUAGUUAUUUAUUUUUUUCUAUAAAUGUCACUUCCAGUUUUGGCAAAGUGUCCCAAUACCUCUGUCUACAUAACGUAAAAUGGGGCCGACAAUAUCAGGAUCUGUCCUGCCUCAGCUGUGUUCAUUCGCAGAUGCAAACAGUCCACCAGAAAGUCUUCCUACCGCUUUAUCACGUCUUAUGUAAUUUGCACUUUGGUGCAUUCCAUGUCAAACCCCUGAAUAGUAAAGCCUGUCCUUAAAUUGAUUCGAAAUAUAGCACCGCCCCUUUGGUCCAUUGAUCCUUCUUUGUAGUGUACAGGUUAAUAUUCCUGACAAUAAAUUGAGACAACUGGG